AGAGCUUCAUCAUAAUAUUACAAAUAUUAUACAAAAAGGCUCGUUUAGCUCAUCUAUACAUAAUGUAAUUAAAUAGUAGAAUAUCCGAAUUUUUACUUUAUUUAUUUUUGCAAAAUAAUAACACAUGAUGAUGAAACAGGCAACAGAACAUAAAAACAUAUAUUGAAAUUUUUGUAUGUUUGAAGGCGCAUCACGUAGAAGCAACUCAUUGGAGCCAAAGUCUGACAAUCUCCCAUAGUACAGGUGCAGGUACACACCCUCGAUUCGAGAUCACUCCUUUAACUACUACACUUUCCGUGGUCACUUGGAGGAGGUCAAAUUUGCCUCAAAGCUAUAACCUAGUUUGAUACGGGAGCAGUUUUGAUAAAAAUGAUGAAUGACAUUGACAAUGAUGUUGCCGAAUCGUCGUUGCAUGGCAUAGUAUCAAUGAAAAAACUUGACAAAUACUAUUUAAUCAAAUUUAGAACCAAAGAAAUAUCUAGGUUGUUUAUAUUGAACGAUCACGUAUUUAGAUAUUACAUGUCUCCGACUGGCGAGUUCUUAGAUUACCCAGAACCAAUGGACCCGGAAGACAAUGCAAAGAUAAUCUACAAAGAUAUGGAUAACUAUGGUUACAAUAGUUUCGAGAAUUCAUCGCUCCAUGAUAUGAAAACACACUACGUUGUUAAAACGCAACAAAUAAAUAUUUUAUUGGAUAAGAUAAACGCAACAAUGAAAGUGCACGACGUUAGGAACGGUAAAGAUGUAUUGGUCGAGGCUAGAUCACUAUCGUAUGCAGAGUGUAAAGUAAUUCAAACGCUUCAACAAAGGCCACAAGAAUACUUCUUCGGUGGUGGAAUGCAAAAUGGCAGAUUUACGCAUAAGAAUCAAAUAAUAGAUAUAAUGAAUACUAAUAACUGGUUAGACGGUGGCGUUACGUCACCGUGCCCGUUUUAUUGGUCGACAAAUGGCUAUGGUAUCCUCCGAAACACUUGGCAACCGGGUAUAUACGAUUUCGGAGCACAUUCCCAUAAUACUGUCAAAACCAUUCACAAAGGAGAAUACUAUGAUGCUUACUUCUUCAUAAACUCUAAGCCCCGACAUAUUUUAAGAGAUUAUUAUGAACUUUCAGGUAAUCCGUUACUUUUGCCUGAAUUCGCGUAUUACGAGGCACAUCUGAAUGCGUUUAAUCGUGAUUAUUGGGUGCAAGUUACAAAUGACACUCGUGGUGCAAUUUUGUUCGAAGAUGGAAAGUAUUACAAAAGUUAUAAACCUAACGAAAUGGAUGAUAAAGUGGGAAUUUUGGAAUCAUUGAAUGGAGAAAAAAAUAAUUACCAAUUUUCUGCACGAGCAAUGCUUGAUAGAUAUAAGAAACAUGAUAUGCCACUUGGGUGGUUCAUUCCUAAUGAUGGAUAUGGCUGUGGUUAUGGCCAAACAGAUUCUUUAGAAGGUGAUUUACAAAAUUUAAAGAGAUUUGUUGACUAUGCUGAAGAAAACGGAGUAAGAGUAGGUCUUUGGACCGAAUCAAAGUUAGAACCAGUUGAUCCGGUUAAUCCUAGGAAAGGUGAUCGGGAUUUAGCCCGAGAAGUUGGGUUCGCAAAGAUUGUAGCUCUUAAAUGUGAUGUCGCCUGGAUUGGAUCUGGAUACUCUUUCGGGUUGAGUGCUGUUGAAAAUGCUGCCAAUAUUUUCACCAAAAACUCAUCUCAAGCAGCUCGACCAUUUAUAAUUAUGGUUGAUGGUUGGGCAGGAACUCAAAGGCAUGCUGGUAUUUGGAGUGGAGACCAAACUGGUGGCCAAUGGGAAUAUAUUCGUUUUCACAUUCCAACCUAUAUCGGCUCUGGUCUAUCUGGUAUACCAAUUGUUGGUUCAGAUAUGGAUGGUAUUUAUGGUGGUGGGGAUAUAGAGGUAAACAUUCGGGAUUUUCAAUGGAAAUCAUUUACGUCACUACAACUAAAUAUGGAUGGAUGGGGGCGAAUGCCGAAAACACCUUUCAGCUAUGACGAAGAUGCUUCGCGAAUAAUUAGAGGUUAUUUAAAACUCAAGUCCAUGUUUUUGCCAUACAAUUAUACUCUAGGAUACGAGGGAAUUAAUGGUUUCCCUCCGAUAAGAGCUAUGUUUCUUGAAUUUCCAAAUGAAACGAGUUCAUACACAAUAGAUUCUCAAUACCAGUAUAUGUGGGGUCCGAACAUAUUAGUGGCUCCCAUAUACAAUGAUAAUGUUAACGAAAAAGGUUCAGUUAGGAAUGGAAUAUAUUUGCCAGACGAAGAUCAAUUAUGGAUUGAUCUUUUUACUGGAGAAAAAUAUCAAGGUGGCAAAAUAUUCAAUAAUUUUAUAGCACCACUUUGGAAAAUUCCAGUUUUUAUAAAAAAUGGCGCGAUAAUACCUUUAAUUAAGCCAAACAAUAAUCCUUAUGAAAUAAAAAGGGAUUGUAGGAUAUUUGCUAUAUACCCGAAUAAGAAAAGCGAAUUUAGUGUUUAUGAAGACGAUGGAAUCACAUCGGAGUAUCAAAAAGGUCAUAAAGCAACUACAAAUAUAUCUGUCACCUCUCCUGAUUCAGAUGCAACAGGUAAUGUGCUUAUCGUUAUCAAAAAAACAGUCGGUUCGUACAGUAAUAUGAUCAAAGAAAGAAUUACUAUUUUACAAAUAAUGGCAUCACACGACGUCGAUUCUGUUAAAAUUGCUAUUAAUGGAGAUAAUAUAUCAGUACCAAGGGUCUAUAGCGAAGACGAAUUUAAUGAAAAUGAUAUUUCGUGUUAUUAUUAUAACAAAGAUUUUGUCAUCAAUCCAUACAUGAAAGAACUCAACGAUUUCAAACAAAAAAUGUUGCAAAUAAAAAUAGGCAAAAUUGAUGUAACUACAAGUGAGACUUAUAUAAGCAUUAAUAAAUAUACGAAUAAAUCAAAUAUUUUAGGAAAAAUUACAAAUGCAUCAACUCAUCAAAUACCAAAGAAUUUUACAGUAGAUAAAGAAGAAACAACACCAUAUACAAUAAGUCUGAAAUGGGAAUCUACUGAUAACGUUAGCUACUAUGAAAUAGAACGGGACGGAACAGUUUUUACAAAUAUAAUGGAGAACAAUUUUGCUUUUGAAGAUUUUCCAUGUGAUAGCAGUCAUGCAUUCAGAAUCCGAUCUGUUACAGACGAAAUCGCCUCGGAAUGGAGCGAAUUACUUACCGCUAAAACACUGAACAAUCCUUUUAAGAACAUAAUACAAGGUGUAAAAGUUUCGUGUAACUUACCGUGUCAGCCAUGCCAAGAAAUACAAAAUUUGUCGAUUCCAAAUUCAAGACACAUUUGGCAUACUCAUUGGACUCACGGAAAAGUAAAAUCUGAUGAUUUUAAACUAUUUUUUGAUUUAGGUGCAGCAUACGAUGUAGAAAAAGUUGUAUAUUUGCCUAGGGACGAUGCAGGAAAUGGAACAAUAUUAGAAAUCCAAUACAGGGCUUCCAUAGACAACGAACAAUGGACGGCAUUAUCUGAUGUCAUAAUAUUUAAUCAUGACAAUAAACCAAAAAAUAUACAUUUUUCAGGCCUCAGAUUUAGAUAUAUAGAAUUUACAGUAAUUAAUACUAUUGGCGGUUUUGGUUCUGGAAAACACAUGGUCUUUUUCAAACAUUAACCUAAAGUUAAAAUAAAAAUUGCAUGUCUAGUACCUAGACUCUAUUAAGUGUGCAUUUGUAAUGGCUUUGUUUUCAGCCAUAUGAAACUAUAUUCCUUAAGAGUAAGACUAAUCCUAACUAAUCAUACUUAAGGUAGGUAGAUUGUAACUGUAUGUGAUUCAUUGUAACUCUAAGAAUAUUAUUUUGUAUGAAGAGAAUAGGCAGUAAUUAAAAACUCUAUUGAUUACGUGUACCUAAACUCUAAAUUAAGGCAAUUAUACACAUUUAGAAAAUCGUUAUAUUCACUUAUUUAAUAGGAGCUCCCGAUAAAGACCGGUCCACAUGUAACGAACGAUUUUGAGAAAUCAGAAAAGCUGUGUAACGGAAGAGCCAUACUUAAUAAAUUUUGAUUGUGUAGCGAGACGGGUGAAAGAAAAUGAAAACCUUUAGCCGGUUUUCCAGUUUCGAUCGCUGUAGUUCUUUGCAUGUGGACGAUUUAAUAUAAAGAGUAAAGACACAGCAAAUAUUGGUAUAAGACGAGUUAGUCAAUUAUAGGUAUUACCUAUCUAUAACCUUGUUAAUUGAUAAUCGGUGUGAUUCGGUUGUGCGGUAAAUCAUUUAUAUUUUACAGGAAUUUCUAUUAUCUUCCUUGUUAAAUACGUUAAGUUAGUUAAUGCUUA